AUGGAAGAGGCAAGUAAUACUCAAUCAAAUGAUGUAAUUCAAUUUCCUCAACCAAAUAUCAGAUUAAUUAACCCGCAUGUUAACCAACUUUAUUUGAAAUAUCUCAAAGAGCAAAGAAUAGAUUCUUUCUUCCCAGGAUAUACACUAAUCAUGCCAGAAGAACUAAGUUUUGCUGUUAACAUCGAUGUUAAUGCAAGUACAAAUGCAAUGAUAAUUGAUCGUCCAUAUUUCAAAAAUAUUAAAGAUCACUACGGCGAAAUAAUUGUUCUAUUGAAAGUUGAUAAUGUCAAAAGUUACAGUGAUAUCCUUGAUAUUCUUCAUGGGAUACAAAAUCAUAAUCAAUAUAUUCACUUCAAUAGAAUUUUCUGCAAAAUUUUAGAAAGUACCAGCAUUGAUCCGAAUAGUUAUAUAAGAAAAAGCUUUCCUAUUGUACAAAGAUAUUUGGAUAACUCAGUUAUUUUUCACAAAGGCGAUAGAUUUUUUUACGAAUUGACUACUGAAAAUAUGGCAACAUUGCAAUUCUUGGAUGUUGCAUUAGAAUACCAAACAGAUAAAGGAAAAGAAUUAAUACAUAAAAAGCAAUAUUUAUAUCAUGAGAAAUGCAAUCAAGAAUCUAUUCUAAAUAUAUUCAAAAAAAUAUAUCGCUACUUUUCCCCUUCUCCAGCAAAGUAUGGAUAUGAAGCCAUUUCUGAACACAUCAAGUCAGAUUAA